AUGACAGCGCCUCGCCAGUGUACUGCCUGCUCGGAAGACUUAUGCCAAGCCAAAGCGGCACGCGCACCUUGUCGGCAUGAAUACUGCUCAUCUUGCCUGGAAAGCUACUUCCAGUCCUCUCUAUCCGAGGGGGGCCGGUUCCCUCCGAGAUGCUGCGGCCAGCCCUUUGACAUAACCGCUGUCGGCCAACACCUCACACUGGAGACCCUCCGGCGGUACGAGAGGAAGAGGGCCGAAAUCGAGACUCCGAACAAAGUAUACUGCUCUCGGGGGCGGUGUUCUGCCUUCAUUCCCCCAUCUUGUAUCGUCAACACCCGGGCAAGUUGUCCCAGCUGUGGCCACAAGACUUGUGCAAGCUGCAAGGAACCGUUCCACACGGGAAACUGCCCGGCCAACACCGACUACGAAAGACAGAUGAGCGCCGCGAGGAGGUUCGGGUGGCAAACAUGUCCUCGUUGCGGGCGACUCGUGGAGCUGGAUUCCGGGUGCCAUCAUAUGAUAUGCCUCUGUGGUGUCGAGUUCUGCUACUUCUGUGGUCGAGUCUGGAAGACCUGCAGGUGUAACGUUCCGCGUGAUCCCAGGGCUGAGGCGUACGAGCGGAUCAUCGAGCGCACGGGGACCAUCCCCCCUGGAAGCGUCGAAUAUAUAGCCCCCGUCUUUCCGGGACCUGGUCAAUUUCCCCCUCCUGCAGGUUUUCCUCCCCAGCGAGAGCUCCUCCAGAAUCCCGGCCGCCCUAGAAUCCCGGCCGCCCUAGAAUCCCGGCCCUACAGGUGA